ACAGACACACGUUGAUAUACAGACACGCGCAGGGACAUGCGGUGAUGCGCACAGGGAUACGCGCGGACACGGAGGAACGCGCGUAGACACACGCAGUGACACACAGGGACACGCGUUGACACACAGGGACACGCGUUGACACACACGGACACGUGGCUCUGGUCGAGUCCGGUCCACACGCAGGCGUGAGGAGGAGCAGGAUCAGGAGGAGCAAAAGCGGCAACGUCCUGGUGGAGGACUGUUGCAGAAGACCUCGUGGGGAGAGCCAUCGCGAGGAGGUGGCGGGAGUGAGGAGGUGUUGGGAGUGAGGAGGUGCCGGUGAGGAGGUGCCGUUGAGGAGGUGUCGGUGAAGAGGUGUCGGGAGUGAGGAGGUGCCGUCGAGGAGGUGUCGGGAGUGAGGAGGGGACGGUGAAGAGGUAUCGGGAGUGAGGAGGUGCCGUUGAGGAGGUGUCGGGAGUGAGGAGGGGACGGUGAAGAGGUAUCGGGAGUGAGGAGGUGCCGUUGAGGAGGUGUCGGGAGUGAGGAGGUGCCGGUGAAGAGGUGUUGGGAGUGAGGAGGUGUCGGUGAAGAGGUGUCGGGAGUGAGGAGGUGUCGGUGAAGAGGUGUUGGGAGUGAGGAGGUGCCGUUGAGGAGGUGCCAUUGAGAAGGUGUUGGGAGUGAGGAGGUUCCGGGAGCGAGGAGGAGGUUCGUAGAGGAGGCGUCCAGUCGAGGAGGCAGGGCGACAACGAGGAGGAGGAGGCGGAGGAGGCGGCGAUGACGAGCGAGGUGAUUGACGACGAGCCCGAGUUCUACAGCCGGGCGGAGGAGUACUGGCGGCAGACGUCGCCCACCGUGGACGGCAUGCUGGGCGGCUACGGCCACAUCUCCAGCAUCGACAUCGCCGCCUCGCGCAAGUUCCUGCUGCGCUUCCUCGACAAGGGGGAGGGUGGUGGGGGCUCGGGCAAGACCGGCAGGGGCCGUGCGCUGGACUGCGGCGCCGGCAUCGGCCGCAUCACCAAGCGGCUGCUGCUGCCGCUGUUCCGUUGCGUGGACCUGGUGGACGUGACGCCGGGAUUCCUGGAGCGCGCCAAGGCCCACCUGGGUCCCGAGGCGUCGUCGCGCGUCGGCAACUUCUACUGCUGCGGCCUGCAGGACUUCUCCUUCGGCAACGAGACCUACGAUGUGGUGUGGAUCCAGUGGGUGAUCGGUCACCUGACAGACGAGCACCUGGUGGGCUUCCUGGCGCGGUGUCGCGGCGCCCUGCGGCCCGGUGGGGUCGUGUGCAUCAAGGACAACAUGGCGUCGCAGGGCGUGGUGCUGGACGAGGCGGACAGCAGCGUGUGCCGCGAGCUGUCGCUGGUGCGCGCCCUGGUGGAGCGCAGCGGCCUGCGGGUGGUCGCCCAGGAGCCCCAGGACAACUUCCCCAAGGAGAUCUACACCGUGUGGACUCUGGCGAUGCAGUAGCGGUGCAUGGGAGGGGGUUGCCCGCAGGGACCCACCGCCACCACCGCCGCCACCACCGCCGCCACCACCAACCACGGCGUUCGGUUCGUUGACGCAGCUUCGUGAGAAGGGUGUUCGCUCAGCGGGGGACGUCGGGCGACGCUUCUACUUUGUGCUCGCGCCGGACCGUCUCUCGCCAGAGUUCUGGCGACCACCGCCGCCGUGCUUGCGGAUGGGCAGGGGGUCGAUCGUCCGGUGUUGUGGGGGACGGAGACCCGGGGGGACUCGCGACCCGUCAUAGCCAAGCCCGUUUGGGGGGGGGGG